GAUUAUAUCAUAAAAUCUAUAGGCUAUAUAUAGGCAGGUCAGUUAACAGCCCACUGGUUUAAAAUUUGCCAUUAAAACAUGGUGGAAAACGUGUUUAUCUUUCAUUUCCAAUGUGUAUAUCAUAUAAUCAGAGCAUCAGAAGUUUCUGUUUAUCUGACACCAAACCUGUUGAUGUGAGUAAAUCCUUCUGUUUCUGUUGAACCUGUUAUAUCUUGAAUUAAGGAGACUUUUGACAAUGUUUUUUUUUUUUUUUUUUUUUUUUUUUCCCAGAAGUACAGACAUUAUUUAGCCAAGAAGAAGAGAAGAUCCUUGGAUGAAGACCUUGAAGAAGUAAUAAUACGAGAUUGCUUCAUUUAUUUACUUUGUUUCUAAGUUGCUCUGUUGGAUCAAGAUGAAUUUUAUCCAUGAACAAGAAAAAUCUCAACCUUGUGACUGUACUCUUUAUAAAAAGGGCACAAAACCACCUUCUGUCACUUUAGAUGAAGUAGCUAAGAAUGUGUUAAUGUACAUUGGAGGGUCUCAUCACUUAAACAAAACUGAAAAACAGAUUGAAACCAAAUAUAGCUUUAAAAAGGAGUGUGACGGUUGCUGGUCAGAGGAUAAUAUCAAACGAGCUUGGGGAAAAACACAAAGAAUGAAUGACACGUCAUUAAAAAGAAAACGCUGGACUCUUGCAAUACUGUUACAGGUGAUAAAAAGAAGUUCAGGUUUUAAUGAGUUUAAAGACAAUACAUCUGAUCAACUUCAAGCUGAAAAAGACAUUGUAAGAUCCAAAGGGUCAGCAUCAAAAAGUCAACUUCCAAGUUCCAAUGAAAAAGAACAGAAUAGAGGAGGCUCAAACAAACCUAAUUCUCAAAACUUCUACAUACGUAUCCCACUCUCAGUAAUGUUUAGAAAUGAAUCAACCUACUAUAGGGGUGGGGGAAGUAAAGACAAAGACAGCACUAUCUAUAAAUUAAUAGACAGAUUUCCUCUCGUUCCUGAAAUAAAGAAAAAAACAUCUUAUGUUAUGUUAUAUAACAAUCAAACCAGGAAUGCUGCAUGGGUGUAUGAGAUAUUGAACAAGAGUACUUUAGCUACUGCUUCAGUUAAAGAUAAAGAUUGUAAAUAUGUAGAUGACAUUAAAAAUCCACUCUACCAAGCAGCUAAGAGCACGGAAGGAUGUGAUGAAAGUGACUAUGAACAAGGUCAUCUUGCGGCCGCUGCCAAUCACAGGUGGUGUAAGGAAGCCUACAAGGACACUUUUUUCCUCAGCAACAUUGUACCACAGGAUCCUCAUUUGAACCAAGGCAUGUGGAAACAAUUGGAGGAUUAUUGUCAAGGCAAAAGUAAAGAAAAUGGAGUUCGCAAUGUCCAUGUGUAUUCUGGACCACUUUACCUACGAAGUGAUGAAAAAAAAAAGCAUGAGAUAUUGAAGAUUUGGAGAACAAAAGUAGUGCCAACUCACUUUUUUAAGGUAGUAAUUGUGGAGAAUGAGGAUGGGACAGUAGAGAUGGAAUGCUAUGAAAUGCCCAACACCUCAGAAGACAAAAACAAACAAUCAAAAGACAAAAACAAACAAUCAAAAGACAAAAACAAACAAUCAAAAGAUGAAAACAAACAAUCAAAAGACAAAAACCAUCAAUCAAAAGACAAAAACAAACAAUCAAAAGACAAAAAUGAUCAAUCAAAAGACCAAAAUGUGCUACAAAGCUACAAGGUGUCAGUUGCACAGAUUGAAGAAGACUCUGGGCUGAGGUUCACUGAAAGCAGUUGCAUUGAGGGAGAGAUAGACAGCACAAGGACAGUGAAAUGGGAGGGAAAAGACAGAAAUGAAGGGUCAUGUUCUGCUAAGAUAAAAGUCAGAAUCAGCACCCCACUUACUGAUCACAAUGAUUUUAUCUACAUCUGAAAUGUGUACAGUAAUUUACUGCAUUACUGAGUGUUUUAUUUACUCUUAUGGGUGUGUUUAGAUCCCAGACUCACCACCUGUAGCUGAAAAAAUGGGAAGUGUCUUUGAGCUUGAAAUGAUCUCACAGUACUUAAUAAUCCUAUAUACUGUAUGUACUUAUAUGUAUAGCAGUGGAGUAGCGUCUGGGCAUGCAAGGUAUGCAUGUGCAUAUGGGCCCGGGCGGAUUGGCAGCCUGCUAUUACAGGCUUAACCCCGAAGUAUACUUUGAACAUCCGCGCACUGUCCGCAUCGCAUAAUUUUCGUCACCAGGAGGGUUCACAGACGUCAGCACUUCCCCUCCGCAUGCAGCCCAAUUUUUGUGAUGGCACGGACAGUGUGUGUACUGUACAACAGCCCAUGCGAGAGUGAAUAUGAGUGCUUGAAAACAAAAGUACACUAGAUAGUGCGUACACACGCCGAACGCGUCUUUCCACAGCCAAAUAUUUUCAAAGGCUCGCAUGCGCGUCUGUGCGCAAGACAGAACCCGUAUACAUAUGUUUAGAAAAAUCAAGUAUAAUAUAAGUAAUGUUGUCAAUAUUCACUUUUCUGUCAUUUUUAAAGUAGGUUUCUGAAAUGUAUGUAUGCAGUAAUGUAAGAAGUACAGGGUUUUAAAUGAGUCAUAUUGGUGUGGUGUUCAUUAAAUAAACACUCAGAAAAAUAAUUAA